GCAGGUGUUUUCGGUUUUGGAGAGAGAAGUCCUCAGACUGUGUCCUCAGCGACAAAGUUCAUGAUUUUCAGAUGACGUGGAAUAAAAUGAAAAUGAAAGUGGUGUUUGGACAAUGGAAGGUCCUCUCCAGUUCCCGUCGCCAGUGCAGCGCUAUCCUGAAGAAGAGGGAGUCCUGGAUGUGCAGCAGAGUCAUGGGACGGUGGAGACAACACACCAUGGAAGUGAAGGCUGAGAAGUAUCUGAUCAGAAGGAGAUGUUGCUGGGCCCUGACGAGGUGGACGGUGAACUUUCAUCUGCAGGUGGAGCUGAAUAAAUAUCGAGAGAUUAAGAACCUGCAUAGGAUGGGAACCUAUUGGCAGAUCUGGUUGUUGCAGUUGCAGCUCACAGUGGAGUGUAGAUUGCAUCAUCGGAGAGUUCUUAGGAAGAGGGCAUUUGCCACAUGGGUCUCUGCCGCCCACCUCCAUGGUAGAUGGAGAGAGGCAGCUGCCCGACUCCAGUCUGCGUGUCGUCACCGACUCCUACAAACAUGCUUUGAUCGAUGGCGGGCAGAACUGUCACUCAGGAGGCAGAAGAGCAAUUGCAAUCAGUCCGCUGCGCCUGCCAUGUCGCUGCAUUUCUGGAGAGCGGCCACAAGAGGGCACCAAGCGCUUAGACUGCGAACUCAAAAUUCUGUGAAACAGAGAGUUCAGCCAGAGUCUCGGGGGUCAUCUGACAUUGUACAACCUUACACAUUGUCUCCCAGCUCCUGA